AUGGCCUGGACUCCUUUCUUCCUCAUGCUCCUCUCUUACUGUACAGGGUCCCUGUCCCAGCCUGUGCUGACUCAGCCGCCCUCCGUCUCUGUAUCUCUUGGAGCAACAGCCAGACUCACCUGCACCCUGAGCAGUGGCUUCAAUGUUGGUGACUUCUGGAUACGUUGGUAUCUGCAAAAUCCAGGGAGCCCUCCCAGGUAUCUUCUUACAUUCCACUCAGAUUCAGACAAGCACCAGGGCUCUGGGGUUCCCAGCCGAUUUUCUGGAUCCAACGAUGCAUCGGUCAAUGCUGGGAUUUUGCUCAUCUCUGGACUCCAGCCUGAGGAUGAGGCUGACUAUUACUGUGCUACAUGGCACGGCAACUCAAAAGCUUUCACAGUGCUUCAAAUCCAGAGAGAAGUGAGACAAAAACCUCUCCACCGCUCUGCUCUGUUCACAAAGGAAGCCCAGGAGUUUCCGCCACCUGCCCCUGCACUGAGCCGGCUCUCAGACCUGCACAGACAGAGCCUCAUAGACUUUCCUCAGUCCCGGUACAGAGACUCUUAA